GAAGAACUCCACGAUAUUGGCAGUAACAGUUCUGUUGCAACUCCAGUCCGAUGUGCAGCUCAUACAUUACAAUUAGCAAUUGGUGAUGUGCUUAAAAAAAAACUAUGAAAAGAACAAUUGCUAAGGCCAGAAAUGCUGUCAAACAAUUGCGGACAGAAUCAUGUCUAAAGGCAUUAAAACUAUUCAAAUUACCAAAACCAGUGUUAGACGUUCCUACCAGGUGGAACUCGACCUAUGACAUGUUGUCUUCAUUAGUCUCGGCAAAAAAUGUCUGUAAUGAUUUAGCUGACAAUAAGGAAGUGUUGAGAAUAAGUGACAUUGAGUGGGAGAGAAUGGAAACCUGCAUUAAAGCUUUAGAGCCUAGUAAAAUUGCUACCAAAAAAAUGCAAUCCGAGAAUCUUGUACCCGGAGAUUUAUACGGUAUUUGUCGAGAGUGCAAAAAAAAUACGAAUAAAGUAAAUUCGAAUUUUGCAGCGAAUCUACUAACUGCUUUCAUCGAAAGAGAGGACAGUUUAUUAAAAAACGAAGCACUUCUCUGCUCUAUGUUUUUAGACCCGAGGUAUUUGCCUUUCUUAUCAAUUAAAGAUUGCAUUACAGCAAAGACAAAACUCAAAAGUCUUUAUGAAAAAAUUGAGUUUUUAAAAAAAGACCCCAAUUGUCAAAACUCGGUUGAUGCUGAAAGCAGUUCAUCAAACACUGUUACAGACAUUCAGGAUUGUGACGAAAACAUGGAGGAAGACUUUCUUGAAGAAGAAAGAAAGAAGAUGGACGAGGAGAGACUGAAACAUUUAAACCCUCCGAAAACGACGAUUGAACAAUUGUUAAUAGAUUUUGAAAAAACAAAAAGCAUCAGUAGGAAAGAAAACAUUUUACUUUUUUGGGAAACAAGAAAGUCUAUCCAGCCAGAAUUGUACGAGUUAGCUGUAAUUGUACAUGCUGUUCCUAUGACCGAGGUUAGCGUGGAAAGGCUCUUUUCAGGAAUGAAAUUUGUAUUUUCUGAUUUCCGCGCCAACCUCCACCCUGAUAUUUUAGACGACAUCCUUUUAUUAAGAUCAAAUGAAAACUUUCAGACAAUUAAAUUAAAACAAGAUAAGAAAAAAUAGAUUUGCUUAGAAGAAGAAAUAGUAAUUUGAGGUUUAUUUAAAAUAUACGUAUUUU